AUGGCAACCCAACAGAUCCUGUUCGCCGAGACGGUGGCCGCUAUGAAGAAGGCUAUGAAGCGAAAAGCAUAUGAAUCCGACUCUGACGACGAAAUUGACCACUACGGCAACCGUGGUCACAAACUCCAGAAGCGCGCACUCUUUGCUCACAAAGGUCAACUCGCACCACCCUCCGGUCCCGAAGUUUACAACGAAGUGAUUGACUACGCCGGCCAGCAGCGCACAAUAAUCAGCCGUAACCCUCCCAUUGUAGACGAAGAAGGGUACGAAAUUGACAGCGACGACGACGAGGAGCGCAUUCAGGAGGCUGUGUCCUCGGCCACAGAGCUUGAUCCGUACGCCAAUAUUCGAAUUGAGCCACAUCCGACCCUUUCGAAACCCUUCACGGCCAAGACCCUAGACGAGAUAGCUGAGCAGAGCUGCGAUGUUCGACGAAAAGAGAAUGCAUCGCUCUGGAGAGUGAGACAUCUCUUCACAAAGAUUUGCGGCGACUACACGUGGGUGCCUUGCGGCAUGAUGGUUGGUCCGGACGAUGCCGACCUGUACUCGACAGACUAUGUCGAGCGCGGCUACCUACAAAACACGAAAGCUAUCACUGCCGGAUCAAACGAGGACGCCUCCUCCGGUACAUUGAGCGGCGAUGCGAAACCAGAGCACGCGCCGAACGGCACGAACGGCGAGGCGUCUGGAGACAAGGAUAAUGAGGAUGGGGACGUUACAAUGACUGAUGCCGGCUCCGAGAAGGGAGAUGCUGCGAAACCAGGACCUGAAAAGUCAGAUAAGGAGCACUCUCAGCCUGGAGCAGACGCAUCCCAGGCAGCAAACGGUGAAACCCCAAAGCCCAGCACGGUUGCCAAGGAGGCACAGGUCGAAGGCAAAGCCGACAAGCAGAAACAAAAGGCGGUCGACGUUGAAAUGCACGAUGGCAACGCAAUACCCCCGUCACAGCCUGGAAUAGAAGUGGCUCAUGGCAACGGUACGCAUGCGCCGUCAAUGGCAACGGCAUCGGAGGCGGCGGACGAAACCUUUGUUCACCCAUUCUUCCGGCCGCCGGCCAACGCUCGUCCAGACCGAGAUGUGGGUCUACCGGAGGCAGAGGCCGAGGAUAUCCGCCGCCUAUUAGCCUUGUACGUGCAAAAGCAGGAGGAGGUCUGUCGUGGUGCUAUGAAGCUCCACGAAGGCCUUCUCAAGGCCAAUCGGUUACGCAACACAGUUCUCGAGUGGUCCAAGUCGGAAGCGCACAGUGGUGCCAACCGGGAUAUGUCUGACGGCGAGGACUGGUACGACAAGGAGAAGUGGGGCCUCACGGAGGAUCUCAAGAAGGGCCAGGACGACGAGGAAGAAGACACGGGCACCGUAGCCAAGAAGACUAGAAAUCGCAGGUGA